UAAUUCGCUAAUCUUCAUCUCUUUCGCUCGAACUCAAUACCCUUUUCUCGAUUCUUCAAAUGCUCUGAACUUGUAGUUCGAUUUCUUAUUCCGGAGCCGAAAUCGUUUGAUUCGAUUCUCUGGAAUUGGAAUUUUUGGGAAGACGAAUUCGAAGAUGAAGAAGUACGGUUUGCAGCUUAGGGUUCCCCCGUCGCAGAAGAAGCAGCCGGCGACUCGACCGCCGCUUCCGACUGCUCCGAUUUUCCGCGACGACGAUGACGAUGAUGUGGAGAAGGAGAUCAUUCGACAAGGUUCGAAGAACAAGGCUCUCAAGGAGAUUGAAGAGCAACAUAAGAAAGCCUUGGAGGAGGAUCCUUCGGCUUUUUCUUACGACGAGGUUUACGACGAUAUGAAACAGAAGGAGGUGCUUCCUCGGAUGCAAGAUCACGAGGAACGAAAGCCAAGAUAUAUUCAGCAUUUGAUGCAACAGGCAGAUCGUAGGAAGAAAGAACAAGAGAUUGUCUAUGAGAGGAAACUAUCAAAAGAGAGGUCCAAAGACGAGCACCUUUAUGCCGAUAAAGACAAGUUUAUCACAGGCGCCUACAGAAGGAAGCUCGAGGAGCAGCAGAAGUGGAUGGAAGAAGAAAGAUUGCGUGAACUUCGGGAGGAAAAAGAGGAUGUUACAAAGAAGAAAGACUUGAGUGAUUUCUACUUCAACCUCGGAAAAAAUGUGGCAUUCGGGUCGAAAGAGGCCGAGGCUAGAGAGGCUAGAGAGGCGAAGAGACUCGAGGAACAAAGGAAGGCAGAAAAACCGGAGGAACUGAGAAAGGGAAAGGUGUCAGAAGAGAAGGAAACAGAUGCGCUCGACAAGAAUCCAUCUCCCGAACCUGCAAUAGCUCAUCCGGAACCUUCCUCGGCAGGAAACAUUUCUUCAGGGGCUGAACCCCAAGACUCGAAGCAAGCUGCUGAGAAGAGGAGUUCAGCUGCAGCUCCCGAGCCGAAAGAUUCAUCGGUUAUAGAGCCGAAAAACGACGAACCAAAGCCGAGCAGCCAUCACAAGAGAAGCGAAGACGCAAUCACUGCCGCCAAAGAGCGUUUCUUGGCCCGUAAAAAGGCAAAGGCACCAUAUUAAUUUCUUCUGGAGGCAGAUUUCAUCAUACACUGUUGUGAACUUUGUUUACAAUGAUAUGAAACUCAGUUUGCAGAAAUGUUGACCAAAUUGCAUAUUCACUUGUACCAACUGUAACAGUUUUAUCAAAUAUAAUCUUUGGACCA